GUCUGGACACCAAGCAUCCAUCCAGCCUCACCAACCUCAAGAGACCUCUAUGUACUGGGGUACAUUGUGAAACAACAGAGUCCCCAACCGGGCAGUACAACCAUCCUAGGUCUUUGGUUACUGAAGAUAACUGAGUCUGCAUGUUAAAAGAGCAAAAUUUGGUUCACGACCAUAAGCCUGCAUUCUCUGCUGGGGAAAGCAAACUCACAAAGUUUGGGCUGCUCCAAUAGGGGUGGAGCUUGAGGCGAGCACGCAGCGUCUGUCGGUUGCCUAGCGACGGCGUCCACGCUAGCCCUCAGUAGUUGAAGUCAGCUACGGUUUGCAGGCCACCUGGAGGGCCGCCAUGGAGACCGAAAGGGGUUCCCCGGUCCCCCGGGAGGCGGAGACCCCAAAGAAGGAGGUGCAGCUGCGGGUGACUCCUUCGGAGGUGAAAUUCUUGGACACGCUGGCCGGGAGGGUGUACCGCCUCCCAGUUACUGUACACAAUCUCGGCCGUUGCAACCAGAAAAUCCGGUUUCAGGAGCCCCUCAAACCACAGUUCAAACUGAUUUUGACCAAUCUGGAUAAAGCACUUGCUUCUGGACUUCAGAUGACAGCUAUGGUGGAAUACCAUCCUGAUAAAGAUGAAGACACUUUUGACCAGCUACUUAUUUCAAUAGGAAAUAAAACAAUAGAGAUCCCUCUAGUUGGGUUGAUUCCCUCCUGUCAAUUGGAAAUUGAGUCAGAAGUUAAUUUUGGCACAUUGGUUGCCGAUAGUAAAGUCUAUUGUAAAGAGAUUAAUAUCAUUAACCGUGGCAGAGCUCCAGGUACAUUUAAAGCAGAAUACCAAGGCCAAUUACCCAUUGUCAUUUUUCCAAGUAAUGGUAUUGUAGAACCCAAGUCAUCAGUGAUUGUUAAAGUGGAUUUCUGUGCUGAUCAGCCCAGAAUUGUAAAUGAAGGGGCAAAAGUGAGCUUACAAGGUCGUCCAGAUGUACUCUUGAGUGUCAAAGCUCAUGUGGUCGAGCAGAUUAUUGAAUUGUUAAACAUGAGUAAUGACAAAAAGUUGGAAUGCAUACACUUUGGUUCAGUUUUCUUCGGAACUUCAAAAAUUGAACAUGCACUUCUAUACAAUAAUAGCCCGGAACCCGUAAAUUGGGUAGCCAUAAUGCAAAAUGAUGCAGUUGGAGAAGAACUGGGUACAAAUAUUCAACAAAGAACAGAUGUUGCUUUAAAUAAUCUCACCUACUUAAGCAAAAUAAAGAACAUGGAUGUUACCACUUUUAUUUCUUGUGUUCCUAAUGAAGGGAGGUUACUACCUUAUCAAAAGAUUGUAAUUACAUUUUGUUUCAGCCCAAAGCUAAUGAUUGAUGGUAAAAAGAAUAAUGAUCCUUCACAUAGGCAGGACUAUGCUCUCUUUUUGAGAUUUGAGUCUGUGGGAAGUAAAGAUGGAUUUUUGAGGGAUGAUAACAGUAAAACCAUGAAAAGUGAUCGAUUUCAGAAAGUGGAAUUAGCACUGACAGGUACAGGACUUCCCGUCUUACUACAGUUUGAUCCAGGAAAGGUCCUUAAUUUUGCACCAUGUUUCAUGGGUGAACAUUCAGAGCUUCUGUGUAUUAUGCAAAAUCGAUCCAACUCACUUCCUGUGAUGUACCGCUUUCAAAAGACUGCACAUUUUAAAAUUGAUCCUGAAAGGGGCAAGAUUGAUGAAGGAUGUAUCCAGAAUGUGACAUGUUCAUUCAUUCCACAUCAAGUAGGAGUCUUUAAAGUGAAGCAACUGAUAGAGAUUAUUGGCUCAGUGGCAGAUGAAAAUUUGCAGUCAUCACUGAAACCUUUUCAUCAAAUAUAUUUAGAUUUCAAGAGUGUCUGCAAACCUUCCACCAAGAAAGUUGUGAUGAAAAUGAAUCCUGGUAUAUCCCCUUUGGUCACUAAUCCUACGGGACAAUUUGUGGUUAGAGACUUGCCUAAAUACAAGGACCGUGCACCUGUUACAAUGCUUCAAUCAGCCAUGACACGUCUUCACGAUCAUCGCAUAAGUAAAGAGUCAAUGAAGGGUGCACUGAUAGCCUUUCCCAAUGAUCGAGCUGCAAGUAUCAGGUCUGGAGACCAGCAUAAACUUUUCAGGACGAUUUUCACAAAAAUUCCAAGAUACAACUAUGUCGAUCCUGAUUAUGCAUAUACUAAAUUUGAAGAAAUGGAAAAGCAAGCACAUGAAAACUAUUAUGAAAGAUACAUUAAACAUUUAAGAAGUGUGCGCCUACGGAAACGAGUAGAGAGGGAAUGCAUGUAUUCAUAUAACGAUACAGACAUAGGAUUACAGCCAGCAUCGGGUCUAAAGUCACCCUCACUCUCAGAAACGGAAAUAGAAGAGGAAUUAUGUUCAGGAAAGUGUCUGAUCAAACCUAACCAAUUACUAAAUACCAGAAAUAUAGACUCCAAGGAGACGAAGGCUCUGAAAAGAAAGGUUCUCAAAGGACUUAAAUCGGAACCAUUCACGCCCCAUGAAAAACAUGAUUGCAGCUUAAUUUUGACGCCAAAGCAAAUUCAUCAAGUAAUUGUUGGGCCCUCUGUCCUUAACUUUGGUGAUAUUUGUGUGAACUCCACAAAUACUCGUCUACUGCAUGUUAUUAAUAUGCUACCUAUGCAUAUUUUGAUCCACUUAGAUAUUAAUUUGGAAGAACUUCAGAAAACAAACCAAUUUUCAUAUGUGAUUCCGCCUACAGCUAGUACUUAUAUAUCAAUGGUAUUUGAAUCUCCCACCAUUGGAAAAUUUUGGAAGUCUUUCACCUUUACAGUGAACAAUAUACCUGGUGGCCAUAUCCUCGUGAUGGCAGUUGUCAUGCCAGUAAAGCUUGAGCUAUCUUCUAAUGAGCUAGUAUUGAGACCACAAGGCUUCUCCAUGAAAACAUGUUUUAUGGGGACAGUGGGGUUGUAUAAUCAUCAGAAUUAUUUUGCCAAAUUUGAAUGGCAGCCAGUAAUUACAAAAAGAGGAAUGGCAUUUUCCAUUCGUCCAGCUAAAGGCACGGUUGAACCAUUCUCUUCAUUGGAAUGUGAAGUAACAUGGCUGCCGGGUUUCAGUUCUCCAGAAAAGGGAGAAUUUGUUCUUCACGUCAGUGAAGGAAACACACUGACACUAAAAUGUGUUGCACAUCUUGGUCACACUAAGGUCGUAUUUUUGGAGCCAAGGAUCCUCUUCAGUAAUAGCCCUCAAGGUUUAACAACUUGGAGGAAAGCCAUUCUUCACAAUGUAGGACAAAACCAUGCUUAUUUCAAGAUUUGUGACCAGAGUCUUUUGCCUACUAUGAAUAUUGUUCCAUCACAAGGAGUAAUUCCUUUCGGGGGGCUAACUGUUCUCAAUAUCUCCUGUACACCUACUGUAGCAGAAAAAUUUGAUACAAGAGCAAAGGUUGCUAUUCGCCGUGCAAAUGUCAUAGACCUCAGGAUUGGUGGAUCUGUUGAGAUUGCCGAUGUGGAAAUUAAUCCGGAUGUAUUUAACUUCAGUGGUACCUAUGUUGGUGCUACUCAGAUUAUUCCAUUUACAAUAAAAAACAAAGGUAUAACACGUGCCAGAGUGGAAUUUAAUCUACAAGACUUUGAAUAUUUUUCUUUGGAUUUUAAAGAUAAAACAGGGGAAUUCACAGACCCUGCGUUUCCUGACAUAUAUUCUUUGGAGUUAGAGGAAGGGACAUCUUUGGAAUGUGGCAUAGCAUUUUCUCCUAAAGAAGUGGCAACAUAUGACUUCAGCAUUCAAGUUCAAAUUAAUUUCUUCAAGGCUUCAGAACUUUACACUCAGUAUCGUUUGUCAAAUUCUCCUAUGAUUCCAAAGACAACACCACUUAUUCGACCGUGUUAUGUUCAAGCUACUGUAUUACAAGCACCAUUGAGAUUAUCCAACACUGAUUUUAUAUUUGAAAUGCCAUUGCAUAUUUUGGAUUCUAAUAACAAGGUCACAAAAACUCAGGAUCUUGUCUUACAUAAUACUUCAAAACAAGAUGUGGAAUGGACUUUGGAUAUUAGUGGCACUGGGAAACUUUUCAAAGAUGGCAUAUUCAAGAUUAGUGUGCUGAGUGGGAUUCUGCAACCACAUGAAGAAUGUAAUAUUUCUAUAAGUUUCUGCCCAAAUCAUCCUAGUAAAUACACAGCUGAUAUUCCCAUUCAUCUAAAUGAUAAUCCAGUUUGCUAUCGAAUGUUAUGUUUGGUCGGAGAGGUGAAAUCACCCAUGUUGUUGUUUGACCCUCCAUUCAUAUUUUUCACUCCUGUUCCUCUGGGUGUAACAACUGUGAUGGAUAUCAACAUUUUACCUCAAAACUAUUUCAGAGAUUCAACGUUACGUGUCCAGAUUCCCACAGCAAGACUUUUUGAUGGUGACGAGGUUCAUCCUCUUUCUGUGACGUUGCCAAAAGGCAGAGUCAUCAGAGGGUCUCCCAGUGGAAUGAAUGCAGCACUCACCUGCCACCUCAGCUUCAGAUCAUCUAAACCUGUGUCAUUUUUCACUGAUAUUCUUUUCUAUGAUAACAGAAAUAACUGGUUUUUGCUUCCAGUUACUGCAACAGCAGAAAACUGUCUUCUUACAAUUUACCCAUAUAUGGCAACUCAUCUUGAUAAGCAAACAAUUAUUUUAAAGGAUGUAGAUAAAGAUGACAGUUCUGUGAAGAAUAGAGACAAUGUUUCAGUUCCCUCCCAAGAACCUGGUUUAUCCUCUCCUGCUCCUACUAAAUUUAAUGAUGCUGAGCCUGCAGAGAGAAGAUUAUUUGUUGGAAUUGAAAUAAUACAUGAAAGUUUGAAGUCAGGCAAAAGUAAAACAUCAAAGAAAUACAAUGAUAGAGCCAUGGAAGAGGAGGAGAAAAAUGAGCAAUGGUUUUCUCCCGAAGAAGGAACAAAGGCAUAUGUCUUCUUUGAGAAGGUUGUAAAUGCUGCUCAGACCUGGUUCAGUCUCUUCGGCUGGCCUGAAGGACCCCAUUCUCUUUCUAUUCCAGAAACAAUAAGAAGGGAAAUAUUUAAAAUACAAUUCUACUCAUCACCCUCAUCAUCCAAAAAAUUUUCCAGACAGAGUGACUUUUCUAAAUAUAAUAAGACCAUAUACGAUGUGAUGUUCCACUUGAGUGGAAAAAUGCCACCUGGAAUUCAUUCAAGUCAGUCCUCACCUAAGGAUUAUACUGAAAGGGUGACUCAACUUCAUUUUCAACAUUCAUCAGUUCUUGAAUUUCUCAAUGCUCAAGGAGCAUGUAUUUCUCAUGUACUGCCAGAAUUUCUGCUUGAACCAGAAGAUUAUGAAAAGUGGAUUGAAGUUACAGAAAAGCCCUCUGUUGUUAUAGACAUGACUCAGUUUGAAGCCUGGAGUAAACGGGCAUGGACAGAUGUAUUCCUUCAGAUAUACAAGGUUCUGGUACUAUCCCGGGUUGUACCACAUUGCAGCAACAAUCUGCCCCCCAUACAUGUGCAGAAUUCACCAAAAGUCAAUCCUUGUUUUUUAUCCAGCAACAUAUAUUCUAAUCCUGAAAGGAUUCUGCUUAGUUGGAUGAACACAAAUUAUGAGAAUGCCCGACACAUUAUAUGGAAAAACUGUCACCAUGGAGUUAUUCCCUCUGAGAGAUGGAUAGUAAAUUUUGACAAAGACCUUUUAGAUGGCCUUGUUUUUGCAACCCAGUUGGGAGCCUAUUGUCCGUUUUUGAUUGAGUCUCAUUUUGAAAAAAUGUACACACAACCAAAAACUUCUGAACAGUAUCUGCACAAUUGCCUGAUUAUUGUGAAUGUACUUCGUGAAAUUGGCUUUGACAUGGACAUACAGGCCACGGAUAUCUGUGACCCUAAUCCAGUCCUGAUGCUCAUGCUUUGUGUCUACAUGUAUGAAAGGCUCCCUACAUAUCUCCCCAAAAAGGUGGUGCCCUUUCAUUGUACUCUACAUGACACUGUGCUGAGACAGAUUCUACUGAAGAAUCCAAGCUUGAAAAGCUUAGUAUAUAAUGCUGUAAUUGUUGGAAAAGAUGCGUCUGACUUCUCCCUUUCCCAAACAGGGAACAUUGUGACAAUAUCUCCAAAAAACCAAAUUAAUAUCACUCUGAAAUUUACCAGUCGCUUCCUUCGUCCUGCUGAAGCUUCACUACUACUAAUCUCAAAACCCAAGUACGCAAUAGGAGGCACUACGAUGACUUUUGCUCUUAAGGGUGAAGUCCUCAAUUUUAAAGCCAUUGAAAUUAUACGUUGUAAAUCUCCAUGUUACAAAUGGAAAGAAAUUAAUGUGAAUGUUAAAAAUCCCUUCCAUACUGCUGGGGACUUCAGUGUCAGUUUGGUGGAAUCCUCAACAUUUAUCUCUUUGCCAUCUCAAUUAACAGAAUCUGGACAAUUCAUAAACCAUGGUGAUGCUGGGAGUAGCCCUGAAAGUGAUAAUUCGAAGAGUUUUUGCCAGUCUCCAAAUGCCUUAGGAACCUCAAUUAAGUCCAAUUUCAUCAGAGAGUUCUUCUGCUCCACACAUAAUCUUCACCUGGGAGUAAAAGGGACUUCAAGCCUGGAGCUCUUGUUUCUUCCCUUUGACAUGCACACACGCUACUGUGUCAUCAUCCUCAGCAACAAAAAGAUUGGAGAAUUAAUCUACGUGGUCGAAGGAAAAGGUAUGAUCCCCUUGCCUUCCUCCUUUUUCCCAAAGGAUUCUUCAGCUCCACUUGACUACAGCACUUCUCCAGAGGAAGUGUUUAGUAAGGAAAAUCCAGUUCUGUAUUUGAAAUGUGAGCUCCGUCACGUCUUGGAUGUGGACCUUACAUUGCCACUGACUAAUGAAGCCAAGGAAAAGGCUUUGGCUUUUGCAGCACAGCAGCAGAUGUCGGACAUAGAGUAUGAGCGACGGUUGAUCACAGGCACUCUGGAGAGCAGUAGUGUCCGCGUGGCCAUCGCCCUCCUGGGGCUGACGAGGAUUGAGACUUGUACACUAUUUAAUACUUCAAAGCUAAAGAAGCCUAAGUCCAUUUUAUACACAGCAGAACUGAGCCUUCCAGAACAUUUUGAUAUCCCCAAGAAAAUCUACAUUCCUCAGGUUCCAGAAACUCAAGCUAAAUUGACCCCGUCGCAAGAAAUUAAACCUGCAAAUAAAAGAGUUGCAGAUGGAUCUGUUCUAGUUCCUUUACGAUUUGUUCCUCUCAGUCCUGGACGCUACCCUUGUAAAAUUUUGCUGAUAUCACGGUAUGAUGUGCGUGUCUAUUGCAUUGAAGGUGUGGUAAAUGAAGAACGUCCAGAGGCCAAGUUUGAAUUUGAAACACCAGCAUUUGAAGCCCUUACCCAGCAUAUUCCAGUCAGUAAUAAGACAAAGAAUGAAUGGAAAUGUCAAGUUACUAUAGAAGGAGAUUGGUUUUUUGGACCUUCUAUUUUAUAUGUUGGACCAGGAGAAACUGUGCAGUAUCCCCUUACAUUCAAACCUAUUUUGGAAUGUGAGAUUAUGGGCAGACUUACUCUACAAAAUGAAGUAGAUGGUAUGGAGUAUGUCUUUGACAUAAAAGGGAUUGGGAAAAAACCCCUGGCCUUGGAACACAUCACUAUAUACUGUCAAGUAGGGAAGACGACAAAUAAACCCAUAAUGGUGCCCAAUUAUACGAAGACCAUUCAAACAUUUAAGGUAACUUCAGAUCUUCCAAUAGUGUGGGGAAAUCCAAAAAUCACCAUAGACCCUGAUAAUGCGGUUCCAUAUAUUCUACAUGUGUCCCCUUGGAAACGUGGUAUAUUCAAAGAAUUCAACAGUGAAGCCAUCUUAUCCUGGGCUUUUCUUUGUAGUGCAAUUUCAUUUUUUGUUAAACACAGACAAGAUGAUGACUCUCAGGAAGACUCAGAUCAAGAUCGAGGUCGAGUACCCUCCUUUCAGAAAUCAUCAUCGGAACUAUUCCACCAGAUUAAUGAGGAAGACUCAGAUAAUAGUUUUAGCAAUUUCCAUGUCUGGUAUUAUCUCGAGAUCCAUAGCUCUCCGGGACCACCAGUAAACAUUAUUAAAAUGAAAUGCCUUGCUCUGGAGAGCAUUUGCAUGGAAAUACCUCUAUCUAAUCCAAAAGAGAGAAUCAUUCACAUAGAUGUGCAGUUAUCCAGUGCUGCCCUUAAUGGACUCAAGCAACUUACUCUGCAUCCGCUAGAGUGUAUGAACUAUGUCGUACAAUAUUCUCCAGCGACUACAGGCUGUAGAGAUGAAAGCAUUGUUUUUCAGCCAGAUGUGGCUCUCGAGUUCUGGUAUUUACUGAGAUUAACUACUGAAUUGCCGAAACCAGUCACAAUACCAGAAAUACAAUGUGACCUUGGGAAGUAUGCUACUCAGAUCAUUCCUUUAGUUAAUCCUACACAUGAGACCUUAGAAUUGCAAGCAACAAACAGUAAUCCUGAAAAUUUUGUCUUGGAUGUUAACAAAUCAUCACUGACCGUCUCUCCUCACUCCAUCAAAGAGAUAUCUGUUCACUUUUUUCCUUCGGCUCUUGGAAGAACUGGUCAUCAAGUUUCUAUCACCUUCUGCUGUACUCAGUUUAAAGAAUGGAUAUUCUACCUCUCUGGAGUAGGACUGUUCCCCCAGCCUAUACACGUAGAAAGAGUAACUACAUACCUCCGUCUUCAUUCAUCUAUUGUUAUACCUUUCCAAAAUCCCACCAAGGAAGAUGUUUUGGUCAAUAUUAUACUAACAAGUAGGGAAAAACCCAGCCAUCUCCUCAUUGACCGUUACUGGGAUAGCUUCUUUCAUGAGACUUCUGCCUUCAAGUUUACUGGUCUGAGUCACACACAAGGAAUCGCAUUGCCUCCUAAAGGAACUAUAGAUAUCCCAGUGUUAUUUAUGCCCCACAUUAUGAAAUUACACAGAACAAUGGUCAUUGUUCAAAUGAUGAGGGCGAACAGAAAAAGUUGGCCUAUUGACAAUUUUGAUGAAUUGAGCACAGAGAUGAAAAGAACCAUGGGAAUAGAAAGUGGAGAAAUCCAAGAAAUACACUGGAAAUACCCUAUCCUUGGGCUUCCACAGGCAGUAAGUCCUAAAUUCCCUCAAGUUGUCAUAAAAUGUCAGUCCAGGAAGCGGGUAGAACAGGAGGUGGAAGUCACGCUGACUGGUCAUUUUUUUGGAGAAAAUUCUAUCUUAGAUGCGACAGAUUUUGUAGUGAUUCCAAAAAAAUACUCAUGUGAUUCUUACGAAGAUAUUGAUGAUAUGCCUGUGAAACGUGAAUUUGAAUAUGAAAUUCAAUUUGAAUCCGAAGUUAUGAAGUCUAGCUUAGAAUCCUGUGUAGCUUUAUAUAUCAUGAAAAAAUCUUAUCAUAUCGAAACUGAAAUGAUAACAUUGGUCUUCAAUGUGGUAUUUGCACCAAAGAAACCAUUGAGGACUCAUAUUACACUGAAAGUAGAGUGCAUAACAGAUGGGAUUUGGAAGUUUCCCAUAACGUUGGUUGCUACUGAGCCUGAUGUGGAUGAUGUCAUUGAUAUUGAAGGCAUUGGUUUAUUUAAGGAAUCUGUUGUUGACUUCAGGCUGACAAGUCAGACGAGAAAUCCUGAGCCAUUCACUGCAUACUUCCUACCCGGCAGUGAUCCUGAGUUUUCUGUAAAACCUCAGGUUGGAGAACUUCCUCCUUUUGAUACUGAAGGAACGGUCCUCUUUGUGGGCUUCAAACCCCAAAUGUACAGUAGGAAAUACAAAGCAACAUUAGCAAUACAGACACCAGACAUGUACUGGCUGUAUGAUAUCAAUGGGUUACCUCCAGUUACCAUGCCACCGAUGAAUGUAAAAGCCAAAAUUAAGACUACUAAUAAGAGGUUUCCGAGCAAGCCAGUUCGUCGGCGCAAUUUUAUCUGUGAAAAUGCUAAACUCAUAAGGACAGGGGUGUCCUCUACCAUCAAGGGUGCACCUUUGAUGUUGAAGAAUAAAUAAAUGCUUUUUUCCAAAAUAUUUCUUGGCCUUAAGUAGAAAUGAAUAUAUUUUCAUGAUUGGUCUUUCAUCUUUUGGAAUAUUUCUGACAAGUAAUGUUUCAAUUAUAACAGGCCUUCUCUAUUUUAUUUUUUGAACUCUGACUAAAUCUAUUCUUUGAAUAUGUUGCACCUGAUUUCUGUUACGUUUGUCUUUUAAAAUGGACUGGUUGGAGUUACUGGGAUUGGUUCACUUUUAAGGUACAGGGGUACAUUUGUAGUAAAAAAAAUUAUUUCAGCUUAAAAAUUGAUGCACGUUAAGUAUAUAUAGUCCUCCACUCCUAUACUGAGUCUUUAAUAUGGAUAUAUUUCAAAAUGAUCCUAAGGAAAAUUCAUUUUCUCUAAGUAAAGGAGAGUAUUUUGCUCAGUACUUAUCAUUUGGGAAAAAUAUAAUAAUAAAUAGCCAAUGUGGACCAUCUUGAAGAGAAUUUGGCACAAAAUGACUGGCUUUGCCACAGAUUAUUCAUUCAUAUGACUUUAAGGAAAUCUCUCACCCUUUUUGUGCCCUAUUUUCUUAUGUGCAAAACAAAAGAACUAUACUAGGACAAGAAAAACUAUAGAUCUAGUCUACUACCUAUUUUUAUAUACCUACUCACAGAUAAGGAUUUUUACAUUUUUAAAUGAUUGAAAAUAGAAUAUCGAGUAACAAGAAAAUUGCAUAAA